AUGGGCGGCCGCAGCGUCCGUAAGCGGAACACCAAGGGUGAGCCUAAAGAGCCAUCAGGCGAGACUGGAGGUUCCAGUCAAAACCGAUCUCCUACUGGGCCACCCAGGCAGACAGCGGUUCCGUUGCCUCCUCAGACUCUCAGACGUACUGCCGGGGAUGUAAGCACUUCGACAUUGGCGACAGCGGAUGCUCAAUUGCCGCAUCAUCCAGCGGCUAGAACUGCUAGCAAUAUCAUUCCGACAGCUAGUGCGAUUCCCACUCCUGCUGCCACUGGAUCGACGAGAACGUACUCGUCGCGUUCCACAACGAUAACGCCUGUCACACCUCCGGUGUAUAACAGACCUCCUGGGACACGCCAACGGACGACCGGACCAUCGCCUCUUGGUGAAAGCGCGUCUGUCCCGCAGAAUAUUUUGCAAUCCACCACGACCCGAGAUGAAAGCCCACGGCAAUCGUUGUCUCCCGGGCAAACUCGAGUCACUCCAUCCAACUCUGGCAAUAGCCUUCAUCGCCAGGCCAUCUCUGGUGCCGCUUCUGUAAACCAGGGCAGCCCCGGUAGCCCAUUUGUUGGAAGUCAGGAGUUAGCUCCAGAAGCUUUCUGGGAGCCCACUAGAGACAACCUCAUCCGUCUUCAAGACCAUCCUCUGCCUGCAUUCAAAUGGGAUGCAAAAAAUCAGCGCUGUGUGCUUAUCGACGAGAACUAUGACUCAAGUCUCGAGACUAAUGUCUCAGAGCCUCACGCAGAGGUGGAUCUUCCAACUAACGCUUCUCGAGAGGAAAGCCGAAGGAUCAAGUAUUACACCGCUCUCAUGCUGUUUCUUUGGCAUACUCCUCGAUUCGCUGGCUUCUAUGCGCGCCUGGUCAACCCAAAUCUCCCGACAAAUAGAGAGAGGUUUAUCCAGAUUAUCACUACAAUGAAAGACAAAUUCAAAACUGAGAAGUCUCACUUCCUUUGGCGCCAAGCCUAUGGUUUUGUGAGAAAGGCGGCAGAGAAGGAUCUACAGCUACUAGAGCUCUUGGAUGAUCCGAAUAGACUACAGGCUCUUCAGAGUCAAGUCUUGGCUUUAUUGAACGAGGAGUCUUUUAGAGAGGUGUUCCACCAUGCCCGUUCCAUUAUUGACUUUCGCCGCACAAAGGAGCGGGAUGGGCACGGUAUCUACUUCAUCAAGACAAUCUGGCUGAACUUAAUCACGUUCCUCCUCCGAGUUUGGGCGUCGGAGAAGAGAAUGAAUCUACUACCAGAGCCGGACCAGGGAGGACAGAAUCAAUAUCGCGCUGAUUUCAACUCCAGGCAUUGGCUGCGGGAUUCCACUCUCCGCGACCGAGUGAAGCAACGGUUUGUAGCAUGGGGAUUGCUUGAAGAGCUCCGUUAUGCAAACGAGGACUCAUUUGCCAAACUCGCGCAAGACAUUGUACCCCCCUCGUCAUCUGCACGCAUCGAUGUCUCGUCGGCUCGACGCGACUUAUUGCUGCCUGGACCGCCGCCACCGCCUCCGAAUGGUCAGGAUAGACAACGAAGCCCCUCCAACCCAUUCGGUGGUGAUGCAGUCUUUGACGAUUCCCCGAUCCCAUUCCCAUACACGCCUCGUCGUGCUCUUCGACCGCGACUGGACGCCUCUAUUUUCGCCCCUCUUGACCAGAUAAUCAAUGAAAUUGGUGUGGAGUCAAACUUGGCCAUGGAUGCAGACGACGUAGACACAGGCGACAGGUUUGAGCGUACGCUACCCGACGCUCAAUAA